GGGUGCAGCUGCAGCCGCGCGGCCGAUCGGUCGGCACGCGAGCCACGGUCACGUCAAGCGUUACCCGACCCAAUGCCACCUCCAAAACGUACAUCUGAACGUGAGGUGUUGGCGUGCCGUGUCAGGUCAGGCCAGAGACGCUCCGUGCGGGCAGUAGUACCCUGCGGCGACUGAAGCACCUGAACGGUCACUCCCACCGGCACGGCGCGCGGACCAAGGCCACACGAGACACCAGGACCUGAGUCGUGCGGCGUCAGGAUCUGAGUCAUAGACUGCCAAGAUCCACGUCAAGGAGUGCCAGGACCUGAGUCAUGGGGCGUCAGGAUCUGAGCUCCGGGCGUCAGGAUCAGAGUGGUGGGUGCCAGGACCUGAGUCGUGGGGCGUCAGGAUCUAGCUCCGGGUGCCAGGACCUGAGUCAUGGGUGCCAGGACCUGAGUCAUGGGGCGUCAGGAUCGGAGUCACUGGAGUGCCAGGGCCUGAGGGGUGAGAAACCAGGAUUUGAGCGGUUGCGGCAUGUGGCUCCAGGACUUAAGUCGUGGUUGAAAGCAAGCCUGAGUCACAAAAUACCAAGUUCUGAGUCCCAAGACAGCGGGACAGGAGUCACGAGAUAUCGGCACUGCAUCUCGGGACAGCAGAACCCGAGCUACGAGAUACCCGCCCGAGAUCACGAGAUGCCUGGCCAUCCACUCCAGCAUCUGAGCCACGUGUCAAUAGAUCCUGCAUCGUACCUCAUCGCGACACCAGGACCUAAACCGUGGUCACAAGGCACCAGGACUUGCACAACAAGACACCAGGGCCCGAGCCAAGAGACAGCUGAACGUAAAAUGAUGAGACGCCAAGACCUGAGCCGUGCCCUGGGGUCAUGCUACGCCACCAAGCCACGUGCCGGGCGAAUAGAAGAUCCGGUGAAAUCUUUGAGGGGAUGUCUGUGUGUGUGUGGGGGGGGGGGGGUCCGGGGUUCGCCUGUCACGUGUUCAGGGCUGCCAUGCUGCGUACGCGAGCGUCACGCGGACACCGGACGUGCGACCUCAUCACCUGGUCGCCGAUCUCUCGUGACAGCGCGUGCUGGACGCUCUGGAACGCUCUCACCUGCUGACAGCGGCCCUUGUGACGACUGUCCGCGAGCUCGCGCAUCAGAACGCUGCACGCUCUCGGACACAGCUGCGUGCUCUGGUAAAAGGUUGCGAGGGAACCGUACGCUGGACACCGUCGUGCGCGUUGUACCAAUGGCCCCUGCACGCGACGUUGCGUUUUGUGUCCGCCUGCGUCUUUAGGCGUAUAUUUUGUGGACGUUUACAAGCCGCAUUCGCUUACACCUGUUCCCAAGGACGCACGCAUACGCCAAGACACAAUAUAAUUAAACACGGACAGGUUUGGAGGUUAGCACACUUGGACACGCCCGCACGUGUAAACGCACGGCGGAAAUAUGUGUAUUUGCGUCAUCUGUACCACGUUGUAUUUGGACAUGUAUACGUUGAACGUACGAUUGGUGGAUGCGUGCACAUUUUAUGUGCAGAUAUUUGUACUUCUGGAUGUUGAAACGUACAGAUGUUUUGGCACGCGGACGGUUAAAUGUGUCACUGUUUUGUCACGCGGACGGUUGAAGGUGUCACUGUUUUGUCACGCGGACGGUUGAAUGUGUCACUGUUUUGUCACGCGGACGGUUGAAUGUGUCACUGUUUCACCGUGCAAAUGCUUAGACGUUUUGCCAAGUGGAGGUCUGCUCAUCGGAGGUUGUACCGCUUUCGACGUGCCUCCGUUUGCACAAAAUGUCCCUCAGGACGGCGGGGCAGGACGACUCGUGGCAGCCCACUCCCAAAGCGGUGGGCAGCCUACUCCCAAAGUGUGGCAGCCCACUCCCUACUUCCCAAGCCGGCCGGGACAGCGAGGGGGAGGGCAUUUCACCGCAUGAUAAACUCGCUAGGCCUCAUGAGACGACAAGAAGUGUUCGUGACGAGCUGUAUUUCCGUCACUCAGUGUGUGACCGCCGGCUGGUGAUGUGUCCCAGUAUGAUGUCACCGCUCGGUGUGUGACCGCCGGCUGGUGAUGUGUCCCAGUAUGAGGUCACCGCGUGGUGUGUGACCGCCGGCUGGUGAUGUGUCCCAGUAUGAGGUCACCGCUUGGUGUGUGACCGCCGGGUGGUGAUGUGUCCCAGUAUGAUGUCACCGCUCGGUGUGUGACCCCUGGCUGGUUGUGUGUCCCAGUACGAUGUCACCGCUUAGCGUCGCUCUCUAUCACUGCUGAUGGCGCGCGUCGGCUGCACGCGUCGGCUUCAGGCACGCGUACAGGUCAGAGGCGUAAGGUCGCAAUAUCACUUGUCGACGAGGGUGAUGCCCUCUUGCCCCGUACCUGUAGGACGCCAAAGGUACGGGGCAAGCGGAUGGUCGAACUUUCACGACAUUGCGGUUUUCCAGUGCCGCCGAAUCGUCUGGCGUGUGUGACUGUUCUUUACUGAUGAGCUGACCGCCUUGACGGCAAGCGGUGUUCCUGCUCCCCCCCCCUCCCCCCUCCCCCCCCCCGGCUUCAGCUCCCACCCACGCCCCAUUUAUUCGGUAGCGCACAAACUGCAAACGCUUAAAAUACAAGCCUCCUUGUCGGCACGCCACUCGGACCCCCAAUGAGAGGCUACUAAUCCUCCUAAUGUUCUCACUCGCACAAACCCGUAAGGUCGCCAGCUGUAAUCGUUUUCGCUCGCCAACAAUCCAGUACCACCAUCGGAAGAACGGUUUCGCAAUGCUCGUGCGCAGAUGUAAAAUGACUGUCCCGCGGUAAUUUUUGUAUCAGCUGAUUGUCAAUCUAAUUGAUGUGCGUUGCCUGUAAUAUCAUUUUAAAUAAAUAUGCUGUGUGCACAUUUUUGGCUCCUGAAUGCUCGGCGGUCUGUAAGUCAGUUCAAAACAGUCGCAGGUUCAAUGUUCGUUUGCACAGAGCGGUGGGCGGUACCGAUGCUGCUUGAGGUGUUAAGCUGCGUGUGUGGGAAACCGGAG